AUGAGAGGGGGAGCUCGUCUCUAUGGCAACGGGGACGCUCUCACACACCUGGCCGGCCCAAAGACUUAUCAUGCAACUAACCCUCACAGAUUCUUGCAUUGGGCUUUAAAUACCAUAUACCUUCAGGAGGCGAGCUCCGAGGGGAAGGAGGAGGCCCCUGCCGUGUCCACCACCAAUGCAAAUGCCUCAGAGGGUGAUGAGACGGUCACCGUGGAGGAGCUGGAGGAGAAGCUGAAGCAGUCCCGCGCCGAGACAGCCGCCGCUAAGGAGCAAGUUACGGGCCUCACCCAGCAACUGGCCACCUCCAUCCCCCGCGCCGAAGCCCUCCUGGCGCGACGAGACCUCGAAAAGCGCAUCGAAACUCUCACCAGGGACAACCAGACACUGACGGAGGCCGUGGAGAAGGAACAGAGGGAGAGGGAGUGGCUGGAAGGGGAGCUGAGGGCCCAGUAUGAGGCUGCUGAGGGAACAGACCAGGAGAUGACAAAUCUUCAGACCUUCGUCAGGAAGCUUCACGCCCUGGUGGAGGAGAAGACCAAGUCACUGGAGACGCAGAAGGAGGAGAGGGACAGCAUGGCGCGACUCCUGGAGGAAGCGAAGGAGGAGGCGGCGCGGCUGAAGAAGGAUGUGGAGGGGCGUACCCGAGUGUUAUCGAGGGUGGAGACAGCCUACAAGGAGACCACGACAGUUGUGAAGCUGAAGGAGGAGGAUCUGGUGAAGCUGCAGAAGGAGUCGUCGACGGCGAGGAGGCAGUAUGACCAGCUGGAGAAGACUGUGAGGCGGCACGUGCAGCGGCGGGCGGACGUAGAGGUUCAGGUGAAGAAUCUCCGCGGUCAGACCAAGGUGUUGGAAAAGCAGGUGGUGACGGAGACGAGGCAGCGGCAGAGGUCGACGCGGCAAGCUGAGAAACUGAAGCGAGAGAGGGACGUCUUGCACAGGGCGUACGUCAAGGCUCAAGGCACCAUCCAGAAGCACUCCGGCCUCGUCCACAUCCGGGAGGUGGAGCGGCAGAACGCGGAGAGGGAUCUGGCGCGCACCUCCCGGGACUUGUCCAAACAGGAUCGCCUCAUCAACACCCUCCAGCGCGCCAAGGACAGACAAGUUGAGGAGACGUCGCGACUGGAAACGAAGGUGGUGGAGCUGGUGGAGGAGGCGGAGGCGCAGGGGCGGGAGGUGGAGAGGCUGCUUCACACCCAGGCCGCCACGCAGACCAACCUACAGCAGGUCAACUCCCUGUCGGACGCCCUCAAGACCGACAACUUCAUCCUGAGCCGACAGCUUCGCAACGUCAGGACGGAGAAAGAGGAGCUGCUGGAGGAAGCGCGCAAGGCCGGGUAUCUGGUGACGAAGCUACAGCAAAACCUCAACACCAGAGACACCGACAUCCAGAAGCUUGGUGCAGAGGUGUCAAUGCUGGAACGUCUGGCGGAGCAGCUGAAGGCGGGGGAGAACGCGGCUCGGAGCGUGGCGGACGAGCGACAGCGGGCGGUGCAGUACGCCGUGGCGGAGAAGGUGGCCCUGACGCGGCUCCUCCACCAGCAGGACGCCUCGAACAAGGACCUGCUCAAAGAGAUCGAGGAGGGUCAGGAGGGGCGGGCGGUGGUGACGACGCAGCUGGCGAGACGCAACGACGAAGUGCGGGCGUUGAGGGAGCGGGUCAAGCUGCUGGAGCACGUCCUUCACAAGGGCGACAAGGACUACAACAACCGCCUGCAGGACAUCACGACCCUCACCAACGAGGUCAACUCUCUCAGAGACGAGCGGCAGGUGCUGGGGCGGCACGUGAAGCUGGUGGAGGCCCUCAAGGUGGAGCUGGUGCGCCUACAGAGGGAGCUCAUCGCGUCGCAGAACAAGAGGGCGGUGCUGGAGGAGGAAAUCAUACGCCGGGAAAAGUCUCACCGCUGGACCACGCUGAAGGCGUCUGACCCGAGCAAAUACGACCUGCUGAAGAAGAACCAUCUGCUGCAGAAGAGGCUGGUGGCUGCUACACAGAGGGUGGCGGCCAGCGAGGGGGAGAUCGGCCACAAGGAGCGCGAGGUGGAGGAGAUGCGUCGGGCGGUGGAGCGGUCUGCGGUGCACCACUCGGAUGCCGCCGCCAAGCCUCACCUCAUCAGCCAACUGCGGGCCAAGGACGACCAGAUCAAGAGCGUGACGGCGGCCCUGAACGUGGCUCUGCUGGCCCAGGAGGAGGCGGAGCAGGAGCGGCGCCACUUACGGACCCAGCUGGCGGCCACUAUGCGCAAGAUGAAUAACCUGCAACGGAGACUACAGGCCAAACAACCCGGUACUGACGCAGGAGCAGCAGCAGCCACAGGAACAACAGCAGCAGGAGCAGCCACAUCAACAUCAGCAGCACCGCCUUCUACAGCGACGGCAGGAGGAGCAACGACGACAGCUGCUGGGACAACGACACGACGGGGCCAAGAGACUGAUACCGCGUAGUGAUGAGGCACAGAUGUAAACACGUGCAGGAGAGAGGAUUCAUAACCACCCUAACAAACACUCGCACAUCGCUUAACUUGGUACAGAGCUCGACCAGGCUGAAACCGAAUGAACACGACAGUAAUCAGGACAGAUGAUGUGUUGUCUCCGUGGGCGGGGGGGAGGGGGGCAUACCCAAACGAAGCCAUGCAAUUUAGAAGAAAAAGAAGAGAAGAAACAACGCAUGCCAGUUUGUCCUAACCCUCUCGGCAUACCGCUCUCUUCAGUGCUUCCUCAAAAUCUGCUGAACACCGUAAAUACUCGUGUGACAGUCGAUUUUUUUUAGUAUGAUUUUAAUGAGGUAUAGUUUAAGGCGUCGACUGUUAUGGAUUGCUUGCUAGGUCCCGUACUGGCAAGUGUUUCAACGCCUAAAUGCUUAUAUUAGAAAAGCUAUUAGAGCAGCGAGUAGCGGGCUUUUUUUAUUGUUAUUUCCUUUUUUUGUGCCCUUGUGCUGUCUCCUUUGCUGUAAAAAAAAAUAUGGGGAUUAUCAUGGAUGGCUCACUCUCUCUGCACCAUGAGUGAGAGGACCACCCCAUGAGAACUUGAUUAAUAUCCAUGACCUUAGGCAGAAAAUUGUAAUGAGAACCUGGAGAAUAUAAAAAAUGCCUAAGAGGUUAGAUAUAUUCCUCAGUAGAACACAGCACAGCCUCUCUUACGUCCGGAGUGUAUAAAAAAAUGCCUAAGAGGUUAGACAUAUUCCUCAAUAAAACACAGCACAGCCUCUAUUACGUAGUACAUAUCUUACGGCACUUGAUACCAUGAUCUAAGAAGGUGCCUCACUGCCUUCUCAAAUCAUGCCUGAUACCACGAUGCCAUCACCACGAGGCAGCCUUCAGGUAAUGACGCGUUUCUUUCAUGUGUUGAGUAAAUAUAUAACCAUGACGAUCCGCCUAAAGAAACAGCCAUACCUAGUUGACCAUACGAUAACUCCGGGUGACUAAUGGCGGUAAGACUAUAGGGAGGCAACACAACAUUCGGUCUGCGGUAACACGUGUAGCCUAUGCGUGGUGUGUCUGCCUAAUACCCCGCCUCGGCUAUGAGAUACAACGGUGGAAUGAGGAGUUCAUCGCCAACCUUGAUGUUACUUGUAUACGCAAAAAAAAAUACAUAUAACUGCUUACCUGACAGGAUAUCGAGGCUCAGGCUGGCGUGCGUGACCCUCGAGGUGCUGACGUCGAUCCGCUGACUGACUCCCCGCAGCGCUUGGCUAUGUUGCUUUGUGUUUGUCUUUGGAAUAUCAGCAGCAAGUUUCAGAAAUGAAUCUAUAAAAUUAUCCACAUUUCUCUUCGGUUUAAAAGGGAUAAGCAAAUACACAAAUUUACUUCUAACUAUAAUAUAUACUAUAUACAAAUAAUGAUGACAUCUGUACAAUACAAAAGUUGGAAGAGUAAAACUUCUUAAGUUUUUUGGAAUAAAGAGCUGGAGGAACAUAUGAUGUGACCUUGUGGGAAGCGCAUCUUUAUCAUUAUCAACACCGGGAGCCUGCUCGGCCCCGAACCAAAGUGUACAUAUUACCAAAAAAAAGUUUAGAUGAAAUAAAAUCCUCUGCCCUUGCAGGGUAAGGAUGAGACUGAACUCAACCUACAAUAUCAAUGUGUAUCAAGUACACAACACUGUCAAACAAAAAAAAAGAUACAUUCAAGAUAAUGUAAAAAAAUAAUUUUGAUAAUGGUUAUGUAUGCAUAUAUAUA